AUGCAGUGUGAGAAUGAUCUCACCGCACCUGUCGCACCAGAGGUUAAGAUACCAAUUUUAAAUGCAAAUAGAAAGUUACACCUCACUGGCGCGAUGACAAACAGCAUUUUUAGUCGAAUCACUCCGGAAAAUAUGUCUUUACCACUUCAACGUGAGCUGAAAGUGUUUGAAUGUAGUGAUGGGGCGGAACCGCGCAAACGCCUUGAUGUCAUCAUGAAGAAUGCAUGUCCUGCGUCUUCUGACACACUUCACUGCACUCCGUUGAGUUUAUCACUUCGUCAUCACUCCCGAUAUUGUCACGGUGAAAAAGCUCUCUCUUCAAAUGUACCACCACCCGAAUUUCGCAUUCCUAAGCGUUCUCCAAGCCCUGAACCGGCUCCUCCGACUCCAUCGAGUAGGGAAUCCCUUGCUCAGGAGAUUAAAGUGCCAUCGAUGCCAUGCGCUCAUCCGACAGCAGCACCUACUGAGUUGAAAAGAUCUGGUGAGAGUAUAGCGACUGGCUUGCUGCCUGAGCGCCUCGAUGAUGAGACCUUCGUUACAAGGCUGGUGGGGGAGGUGCAUCAAGGUUGCACUGGGGCUGUUUUGAGUGGUCACAAUUCACAUGAAGGGGGAGUGCAAGCAGCUGUUGGAGAGAGAGGAGCAGCCAUAUUAUGUGAUCGAAACUCUCACGCAGAAAUUUCCUCACGCAGUGGCUCACCGUCUCCACACGUUUUAGCAGUUGAGUCACACGAUUCCUGCUCGGCCUGCGCGCGGGGAACCAGUUACUCCCCGCGGGCUGAACUUUCUUCUUGUCACCACUACCCGCCCAGUUUCCCUUCGACAAAAUCCCAGUCUUUUGAUGUUCACACAUUGAAGGGUGAAAACCGUUUGCGUGUGGUGAGCUCCGUUUCGCCGGUAAGUGGUGUCGUUUCGCACAAUUCAGCUCAAGGCCAUUCAGAGGCUCAGCUUGUGGAGUCCGUCGAAGGUAGGGGAAGUCAUCCAACAUGGGAGCCACACCCCAUCAAGGAGCCACGCCCAGCGUGGAAUCAGCGGAUUCCCCCCUCUAAAUUGCGUCCAGUGGUGAGCGCAGUUGGCAACAAACCACCACCAAGGCGGUCUCUUUCUUUGUCACGCGCACACGCUGCGCGCGGUGAGGAGAUCGUGGCACGGACAGACAGCCUCCGCUCGCAAAGUCGCAGUAAUGUGGGUCCCGACGAGAGGCUGAAGACUGCGUCCGGGAGAGCUUUGGCCGAAGGAUCACCUUCCCUGCGGUAUCAUCCGCAGCCGAAGCGUGCAAACCAAAGCAAAUCAAGGCCAGCGUCGGUCACACCAAGAGCGAUGAAUGACGUAGCAUCACCGCCAGUGCGUAUCCUUUUUCGUUCUCAAAGCGCCCGCGAGCGAUCUACCGUUGAUGUGACAUCGCCUCGCACCGUCUCGGGGCGUUCCUCUACGAGCCUCAACGGGAAUAACAUUGCUUUGGAUUCAAUUCUAAAGCAGCUGCAACUCGCACAGCAGUCGGCACAGAUCGCUGUGGAAAGAGCCACUCGGGCAGAGGCAUGCUGUGCAGAACUGGAGAGGCAGCUACGGGAAUCUGAGAUGCAACGAAGGCGCGACCGAGAGGACUUCGCUUUAAAUUUUUCCAGGCUAAGUGGUAAAGUAAACUUUGCGGUGCAAUGGAUUCACAGUUACGAGAGGUAUCCCGUUGGUCUCGAGGAUAGACUGAAAAAAGAAACAUCAGAGCCAAUUCAUGGUGAAGAUGGAGUGCGAUUUGGUGAUAAAGAGUAUCAGGACUCAACGCCUGGUGUUCAGGGGACCACACCUACACCGGAACGCAGUAUUACCAGUGUAGCGCGUUUGCCACUUUCUUCACCUAUGGUUUUCGAAAUGCGUUCAUAA